GGUCCCUGGAAACAGUUCCGGGAAACCCCGCGUGUUGCCGGGGUCGCACCGCCGUCCAUGAGGAGAAGGAGGAGCGCGCGCCAUUUGCCGUCGCUGCUUGGGCCCGAGCUGCGCCGCGCAGGCCCUGCUCCGCAGCAUAAUAAAAUGGCUAAUCAGGUGAAUGGUAAUGCGGUACAGUUAAAAGAAGAGGAAGAACCAAUGGAUACUUCCAGUGUAACUCACACAGAACACUACAAGACACUGAUAGAGGCAGGCCUCCCACAGAAGGUGGCAGAGAGACUUGAUGAAAUAUUUCAGACAGGGUUGGUAGCUUAUGUCGAUCUUGAUGAAAGAGCAAUUGAUGCUCUUAGGGAAUUUAAUGAAGAAGGAGCCCUCUCUGUAUUACAGCAGUUUAAAGAAAGUGACCUGUCGCAUGUACAGAACAAAAGUGCAUUUUUAUGUGGAGUUAUGAAGACCUACAGGCAAAGAGAGAAACAAGGCAGCAAAGUACAGGAAUCGACAAAGGGACCAGAUGAAGCAAAGAUCAAGGCUUUGCUAGAGAGGACUGGUUACACUUUGGAUGUAACUACAGGACAGAGAAAAUAUGGGGGCCCUCCUCCAGAUACUGUGUAUUCUGGUGUCCAGCCUGGUAUUGGAACAGAGGUUUUUGUUGGUAAGAUUCCCCGAGACUUGUAUGAAGAUGAAUUGGUACCACUCUUUGAGAAAGCUGGUCCAAUUUGGGAUCUUCGCCUCAUGAUGGAUCCUCUUUCCGGUCAAAACAGAGGUUAUGCUUUCAUUACCUUUUGUAGCAAAGAUGCAGCUCAGGAAGCAGUCAAACUGUGUGACAACUAUGAAAUCCGUCCUGGGAAGCACCUUGGAGUAUGCAUCUCUGUGGCAAACAACAGGUUAUUUGUUGGGUCAAUUCCAAAGAACAAGACGAAGGAAAACAUAUUGGAAGAGUUUAAUAAAGUCACAGAGGGUUUGGUGGAUGUAAUCUUAUAUCAUCAACCUGAUGAUAAAAAGAAGAACCGAGGAUUCUGUUUCUUGGAAUAUGAAGAUCACAAGUCAGCAGCACAAGCUCGACGUCGCUUGAUGAGUGGAAAAGUAAAAGUCUGGGGAAAUGUUGUGACAGUGGAAUGGGCUGAUCCAGUAGAGGAACCUGAUCCAGAAGUCAUGGCAAAGGUGAAAGUUUUAUUUGUAAGAAACUUGGCCACUACUGUGACGGAAGAAAUUCUUGAGAAAUCCUUCUCUGAAUUUGGAAAGCUGGAGAGAGUAAAGAAACUAAAGGAUUAUGCUUUUGUUCAUUUUGAGGACAGAGGUGCAGCGGUGAAGGCUAUGAAUGAAAUGAAUGGAAAAGAGAUAGAAGGGGAAGAAAUUGAAAUAGUGUUAGCAAAGCCACCGGAUAAGAAAAGGAAAGAACGUCAGGCUGCCAGGCAGGCCUCCAGAAGUACUGCGUAUGAAGACUAUUAUUACUACCCUCCGCCUCGCAUGCCACCUCCUAUUAGAGGCAGAGGCCGUGGAGGGAGAGGUGGAUAUGGCUAUCCCCCAGAUUACUAUGGCUAUGAAGAUUAUUAUGAUGAUUAUUACGGUUAUGACUAUCAUGACUACCGUGGUGGCUAUGAAGAUCCCUAUUACGGCUAUGAUGAUGGCUAUGCUAUAAGAGGAAGAGGAGGAGGAGGAAGGGGUGGGAGAGGUGCACCUCCACCACCUAGGGGGCGGGGAGCACCACCACCAAGAGGUAGAGCUGGCUAUUCACAGAGGGGGGCACCCAUGGGACCGCCGAGAGGAGCCAGGGGUGGGAGAGGGGGUCCUGCACAGCAGCAGAGAGGACGCGGUGCUCGUGGAGCCAGGGGCAACCGUGGGGGCAACGUAGGAGGCAAGAGAAAGGCAGAUGGGUACAACCAGCCUGAUUCCAAGCGUCGUCAGACCAACAACCAGCAGAACUGGGGCUCCCAACCCAUCGCUCAGCAGCCGCUCCAGCAAGGUGGUGACUAUGCCGGUAACUAUGGUUACAAUAAUGACAACCAGGAAUUUUAUCAGGAUACUUAUGGGCAACAGUGGAAGUAGACAAGUGAGGAGGGAUCGAGAAUUUUGGAAACAUAGAAUUGGCUAUAGCUCUACAUACUUCAAAACAAAAUUGGCUUAAUGUUUCAUCCUUCAGUAGCGAUUGGCUGCCAUUUGUAUUGGGCUGAAGAAUCACUCUAUUGUGUAUAUACUCGAGUCUCUUAGUUUUCUUUUUUUUUUUUUUUUUUUUUUUUUUUUUUUUUUCAUAAAUGCACUUGGACAUUACUGGGCUUGCAGAAUUCCUGAACUCCAUAUGGGGUUUCAAUGCUUUUAUCAUUUUAGGCUUCAUUUUAGCAGUUUAAAAGCAGGAAUGGCACACUGUUCAAUCAUGAUUUUGCAGAACCUCUGGUUUUUGGACAGUUUUUUUUUUUUUUUUGGAUUUGGGAUAGACUACAUAGGAGUAUGCUGUACAUAAAAGUAAAAGCUAGUGCUUUGUCUUAGUAGUUUUAAGAAAUUACGACAAAUUAAGUUUUCUUGUAUUGAAAAUAACAUGAUUGUAUGUUUUGCAUUCCUAGAAGUAGGUUAACUGUGUUUUUAAAUUGUUAUAACUUCACACCUUUUUGAAAAUCUGCCCUACAAAAUUUGUUUGGCUUAAAACGUCAAAGCCGUGGCAAUUUGUUCCUUGAUGUGAUUGUAUUUCCAAUUUCUUGUUCAUGUAAGAUUUCAAUAAAACUCAAAAAUCUAUUCAAAACAUUACCUAUUUCAAA